AUGGCUCACGGGGAGUUUCCGGCUGCGCCGAGUAUGAACAACGAUGGACGGAUAGGUUCGGGCUCGGGUGAGCCCCAUCAAAUUUCUGCUGAGGGUCCAUCGACUACCACUGCUGAUUCGCUGGGCUGUUUGCCCCAUGGCACUGUUGACCAGAUUGCAGGCGGUAGAACUGCCGUAUCAGAUAGCCGAAAUGACGCCGGAUUGCUUCCGGGGGUGCUGAAUCGCGGGGUUGAAGCUGGUCGUACAUCCGUUAGAAGCGACGUUGCAGCGGAUGAGGUGGAUCCGCUAUUCGAGGCAAGGAACAAGAUCGACGAGGUAACUCGAGAGCUUCAGAGACUGUUGCGUGAAGAUGCUCUACAGGAUGACGGUGGGGAGGGGAGCCUUGACUACAGUGCGGCUUUCGAGAUUUUCGAUAUGGACAACGACGGAAACGCAACUCCGGAUGAGCUUCACUCGAUCUUCAUCAGGUGUACCCUACACCUAGGUUCCGAAUCCCAUGUUGCGCGCGCACGACCCAAAGCACCCCUCGAUCUAUGGUGGCAAGAUCGGGGGAGAGUGUCGGCCGUGCGUCUCGCGUUAACUUUGGGCGUCGAGGUGUCGUCAGACGGCCGAAGUUCAUGGUGCUCCCGGAGGCUUGGAAUGGGAAAUCUGCUCUCUGAGGAAGGGAUUGCCGUGAUCGUCGAUAGGGUACCGAGAGACCCUUCAGGUCUCGUUACGCAGAAAGAGCUAGAGAUAUUCGCGGAACGACCGCCGGACUUUCAGUGGCCGUUUCCUCGGAAGGAGUCAGGCGGCCAAGCAGCAGAGCAGCAGGGGAGCGGUUGGGGCGAGGGCGUGGAACCCGGCUCGGGCAUCGCUGUGACGCUGCACGAGCUGCAAGUCAAGGCCGCUUCGUCUGGGAGUGGGGUGUUCUCGUGGAAGAAGGUAUCGAAGGACUUUUCCUCUGUGUCACUGUUCGUUCGAGUCACCCGUGGGCGGCACGUGGUCGAGAGCGCUGCCGUGGCCUCCCGUUUGCUUCCCUCGGGCGGUGACGGCGAAGGCGGUACCGAAAUAGUGAAUGACGCAGAGGACGGCAAAGUUAUCUGGGUCUGGCGAUGGAGUGAAGUGUUAGCGCUACCAGGACCAUCACCAAGAACAUCGGCAGGGGUGCCGCUCGGUCCUUCGCUGGUGGUAGCAGGAGAUGAGGGUGGCGAGAGUACGGUGGUGUGCCCGGAAGAGGAAAGUGGGCCUGGUGGCGAGGGACAUGUAGAGAACAGCGUGGUGGACGACCCGUUGGCCGCUGCGGCCAGCAAGGCAGAGGAGGGCCAAAGAUUCCGCGACACGGAACCACCAGAUACCAAACGGACGGGUUUUCAAAGAGAAGAGGCUUCGGCUCUGAACGACGUUUAUUCGAGAGCUAACGCGGAGCGCGGCUUGCAGGAUGACGAUGACACGUGUUCCACCGUAUCUGAUGCCAGUUCUUCGGAAAUAGAUCCCUCGAGCGUCAUCGCUACGGCAGAAAGCGACCACAAGCAGGAGAAAGCGCGUGUCGAGUUUGCUCACGACUUGACAAAGUCCGACAGUAGCUCCCGAGACACACCGGUAAAGGUGGAGGGCACGAUAGCGAGUAAGGCGUCCGUCCUAGCGAAGCUUCCCCAAAGGGGUUCUGGUGGGGCGAAAACGAAGCGCGGGGUGUCUUUCUGGAGCCCCACCAGAGGUAGAGGAAAGAAAAACGCAUCCAUCGCGCGAAGCGGCGCCAUCGAAGGCAGCGGUGGCAGCACCGCAGACGCCGCGACGCCCCGUGCCACAGUGGCGGCCGCAGACAGCAUUCCGGGCAACGUCGAAUCCUCUGGUGGUCCCAACAGCGAUAUUAUUGAGAGGGAUGCCCCGAGCGUAGUCGAUACGUCGGAAGAGGCGGGUAGCGAAUCUACUGGUGACUCCCUCAACUCCGAUGGAAGCUGCCCGAACACCACAGCGGGGAUCAACGACGGCAGUACAGCAAUCGAUGAGGUGGGAGACGCCAGUGAAUCUGCCGGCGACAAGUUUAACAAACGGGGGUUGCCGUUCUGGAGCCCCAGAAGAGGCAAGAGAAAGCAAACCUUGGCCACCACCGCCACCGUGACACCAAGAAGCGACGUUGGCAGCAGGGAUGGUACCGCCGCAGUCGCCACCACGCCCCGUGUCACGGUGGUGGCCGUGGAUGACAUCGCUGGCAACGUCGAAUCUUCUGGUAAUCCCAACACCGACAGCAAUGUCGAGACGGAUGCUCCGGGCAUAGCCGAUAAAUCGACCCCGCAAGAUCAAAGCUGGCCAAAGAACGAGGACAAGGAAGACAUGAAAGAGGCGGGUGGCGGGUCUACCGGUGACUCCGUCAACUCCAAGGACAGCUGCCUGAGCACCCCUCCCGGGAUCGACGGCGGCAGCGCCGCCGGCAAAGAGGAGGUCGACGCCGACGAAUCUCCUGGUGGAAAAAUUCGUAUGCGGGGGCUGUCGUUCUGGAGCCCCAGAAGAGGCACGAGAAAGCAAACCUCGAUCACCACCGCCACCGCGACAGCGAGAAAGCAAACCUCGACCACCACCGCGACACCAAGGAGCGAAGUUGGCAGCAGCGAUGGUACCGCAGCAGAGGCAACGACUCCCCGUGUCACGGUGGCGGCCGCGGAUGACACCCAGGGUCAUAUCGAACCCUCUGGUCAUCCCAACACCGACAUUAGUGUCGAGUCGGAUGCUCCGGGCGUAGUCGGUACAUCGACCCCGCAAGAUCAAAGCUGGGCAAAGAACGGAAGCAAGGAAGACAAGGAAAAGGCGGGUGGUGGGUCUACUGGUGACUCCGUCAACUCCGAGGACAGCUGCCCCAACACCCCAGCGGGGAUCAACAACGGCAGCGCCGCCGGCGAAGAAGAAGUCGACGCCACCGAAUCUCCUGGUGGAAUGUUUCGUAUGCGGAGACUGUCGUUCUGGAGCCCCAGAAGAGGCAGGAGAAAGUCUACCUCUACCACCACCGUCACCGCGACACCAAGAAGCGCCGUCGGCAGCAACGAUGAUACCGCCGCAGACGUCACGACGCCCCGCGUCACGGUGGCGGCCGCAGGCAACAUUCCGGGCGGCGGCGAAUCCUUUUUCAAGCCCAACACCGACCGAAGUGUCGAGAGACAUGUUCCAGGUGCAGUCAAAACGACGAUCCCGCAAGCUAUCAACUGGACAUGGAACGGAGAACAGAAAGAUGAGGAAGAGGCGGGCGGUGGGUCAACUGGUGACUCCAUCAACUCUAAUGACGACCGCCUGGACACUCCGGCCAACGUGAAGGGCAAGACAACGAGUAAACCGUCGGUCCUAGCAAAACGCCCCCGAAUUUUUUCUGGUGGGGCAAAAAUUAAGCGCAGGGUGUCUUUCUGGAGCCCCACCAGAGGUAGAGGGAAGAAAAAUGUGUCGUUCGCGGGAAAGAAGGUCGUCGGAAGUAACGAUUGUACCACUGCAGACGCAACGACACUCCGUGUCACUGUGGCGGCCGCAGACGGCAUUCCGGGCAACGAAAAAUCCUCUGGUGAUCCCAACACGGACUCUAGUGUUCCAGGCGGAGUCGAUACAAAGAUCCCGCCCAGGAAAGACUGGACAGAGAGCGGACACAAGGAAGAUACGGGAGAGGGGAGUGGCGAGUCUACCAGUGACUCCGUCAACUCCGAGGACAGCUGCCCGGACACGCCACCCGGGACCAACGACGGCAGUACAGCAGCGGGAGAUGACGUCGUCGCCACAAAUCCUGCUGGCGGGAUGUUGAACAGAAGGAAGCUGUCGUUCUGGAGCCCCACAAGAGGUAGGCGAAAGCAAACUGCGACCAUCACUGCGACACCAAACGGCGACGUCGACACCAGCAACUGCGGCAGUGAGGAGAUCGCCUCGACCACGGCCGGCAACGCGGACGACGUUCUGGACAACUUAUCGAGUGAAGAUGAAUCCCGUAGUGACUCCGAUCACAGCGAGUCAGGAAUCGAGAGCUCUGCCGUGAUCGACAAACAUGUCCGUCCCGAUCGAGUCUGGCCGACAUCACUCGGCGAGGAGAAUGCCCGAGGUGAGUCAUCUAAGGAUGCUGGUCCCCCCAACGAAAGCUAUUCGGAAUUUUCAGUCAAGCCGGCAGAUGCCGCUGUGGUGGCAGUGGCAGAAUGUACCGACCCCGGGGCGACAAGAAAAGUAGGAGCCCGUUUCUGGAGCCCAAGGGGAGAGCGAAAAAAGAAUAUUGCAUUGGACGCUAUCGCCCAACGUAGCGCCUAUGACCGCGAAGAAUCCACCGUCGUGGGUACAAGUGACCCCCAGGAAAGUCACCAGAAGGCCCGUGACAUUCAGGGAGAGGCAGACAGCGUCGCCCCAGGAAGCUUACCGGAGAGGGCGAGGAGGUCCCUCUGGAGUCUGAGGAGCAAGGGCAGCAGUGGGCCCACAAGGAAGCAUCGUGAUACCAUCGGAAAUAAUGGCGAAGCAGUCGACGGACGCAGCAGAGAACAAGCAGGAGGACCUGCCGCGUUGGAAGAGCCAAUUCCCCUGGACGUGCUAGUGCUUGAGGUGUGGGAGGCAAGUACCCCCGCGGCUCUUCGCCCCUACACGGCGCAAGACCCGACGAUCGGUGCGCCAGUGGAGAGCAGCAGCGGCCGCCAACGGAGUGUUCAAUCCACCCGCGGCCAUGACCGCACGGAAACCAACAGCAACAGAUCCUUACCUCUCGACGCGGUCGCCGAGGAUACAGACCAGCCCAUUCAAUGCCCGCAAGACAAGCGACAGCUUGUUGAGUCCGGGGAUAAAUCACUGGGUGGUCUAUCCGCAACGAGUGCCGACAAUCUAUGGGACUCUGGGACAGAGCGGGGAGGAAUAAAUGAUAGCAACGAUGCGAAGCUUGGUACGGAUUUGAAGACCCUUCGGUGGGGGUGUGUAGACGACGAUCACGUGUCGGUUGCAGAUGGUGGGGUUUCAGGAGCGGACGACGAAGCUUCCGUGGCGAGUGCGGCUACGACCAAAAACACGCGACGAAGGAAUCCGACCCUGCUAUCGUCGCCUUUCAAGGGCAGGAAAAACAAAAACAAGGGCCAGUCGUCGUGGACGUCGUCAGAGUCGCCACUGACGCCGUCCGAAACAGAAGCAACUGUUGACACAGGGGGGCUGGAUGGCAGCAAGGACCCUCCGCAGACCCCGGUUAACGCGGGCGGGGAGCAGGAGAGAGAUGUCUCCGGUAUGAGCCACCAAUGCGCCAUAAACGACACCAACCAUAUUUCGAGUGCAUUGAACCUUCAGGAAGAAAGUGGUUCUGAAAAAGACUAUGACGGCGAGGACGAGGAUGUGUCAGUCGCGACCCAAGCUUCCUUCCCGAGCGGGAUUUCGGCGGCGAUAGAGACUUCGCCUCCGAAAAGUGUAAGAGGGGGCGUACUUACGAUGUCAUUCAAGGGCAGGAAGACGAACAAGACGAGCACGCAGCAACAACUCGCAAAGUCUUACGAGCUUCGGUCACCUGACCAACUGCCGAAGGAUGACGGGGAAACCCAAGGACAAUCGACCGGCCGCAAUACAUCCACGCCACGCGCGAAGCCGGUUCUGUGGGGUCGACUAACGAUACCGGUCGAGGACACGAUGCACACGGGGGAUAAAGGAAUAACGGCCACGAACGUCGAGCGUCCGGGAACGGCACCACAUACGCUCGGCGGAAGCACUGGCACCACGGGCAUGGCCACCGUGGAUUUUUCUGCCGAUCAAACGUCGACGAGCGAACGUGGGAGGGGAUCGCCGUCCGUGUUUGGAGCUAGCGUUCCUGGUCUUAGCCCAAGAAAGAAACGGGCGAAGGAUGAGGCCGAUCCUCUGGUGCGUGGAGCAACUGACGUCCGGGUCGUCGAUGGAAUUACAUCCAGGUCACCUCCACGGCGCCGUUCUCCCUGCCUCGACGGUUGGUUUGAGGUCGGGUAUCCGAAAGGAAGACGAGGGAAGAAGGUCAAGGGAAUGGUGAGGCUGACCCUGACCCCGUAUCGAUGA